CAGGUACGCUGGUGCUUGAGAAAGUGGUGCAUCGAAACGUUUGACUGUUGUAGAGUUGCGUGACCUGUGCCUCUUGCUCCCUGUAGUCUGGCCGGAAGCAGCCAACCCUCGGUGCAUAAGCGCCAGAUAACAGUUUAGAGGAUCACAAUGUUAACCUCUUUGAAGAUUUUUGCAGUGAAUCAUCAGAAAAUAUGCAGGAUGCAUAUAAAUACUAUCUGCUGCUGUAGAAUAAGAACAAGUUUUAAAAGGUUAAAGACUUGUGUGCCUCUCAUAAGAAAUUACAGUUCCCUACCAGGCUUAAUAGGAAAUGAUGUCAAAUCCCUUCAUUCCAUCAUUAAUCCUCCUAUAGCUAAAAUUCGUAAUAUUGGAAUCAUGGCUCAUAUUGAUGCAGGCAAAACUACCACUACAGAAAGAAUACUAUACUAUUCUGGAUACACAAGAUCACUGGGAGAUGUUGAUGAUGGAGAUACAGUGACAGAUUUCAUGGCUCAAGAACGAGAAAGGGGCAUUACUAUUCAGUCAGCUGCUGUGACGUUUGAUUGGAAAGGGUAUAGAAUCAAUCUGAUUGAUACGCCAGGUCAUGUGGACUUUACCUUGGAGGUCGAGCGCUGCCUAAGAGUGUUGGAUGGUGCAGUGGCUGUGUUUGAUGCCUCAGCUGGUGUAGAGGCCCAGACUCUCACAGUGUGGAGACAAGCUGAUAAACACAAAAUUCCUCGAAUCUGUUUUGUAAACAAAAUGGACAAAACUGGUGCAAGUUUUAACUAUACAGUUGAAAGCAUCAGGAAGAAGUUAAAGGCAAAGCCUCUGCUUUUACAGUUGCCAAUUGGUGAAGCCAAAGCUUUCAAAGGAGUGGUAGAUGUAGUAAGUAAAGAAAAACUUCUUUGGACUUCUAAUUCGGCUGAUGGAAAAGACUUCGAGAGAAAACCCCUCUUGGAAAAGAGUGAUCCGGAAUUGCUGAAGGAGACAACUGAAGCAAGGAAUGUCUUAAUCGAACAAGUGGCUGAUUUAGAUGAUGAAUUUGCUGACCUGGUUUUAAGAGAAUUUAGUGAAAAUUUUGAUUUGCUACCAGCUGAAAAGCUGCAGACUGCUAUACACAGAAUAACAUUGGCUCAGGCAGCAGUGCCUGUGCUCUGUGGGAGUGCCCUGAAAAACAAAGGCAUACAGCCCUUGUUAGAUGCCAUUACUAUGUACUUACCUUCCCCUGAAGAGUGCAAGUAUGAAUUUCUGCAGUGGCAUAAGGGUGACUUAUGUGCACUGGCAUUUAAAGUUCUCCAUGACAAGCAGCGAGGACCUCUGGUUUUUUUGCGUAUUUACUCAGGGACACUAAAACCCCAGUUGGCCAUCCAUAAUAUCAAUAGAAAUUGCACGGAGAGAAUGAGUCGUCUGCUUUUGCCAUUUGCUGACCAACACAUAGAAAUCCCUUCACUGGCUGCCGGUAACAUUGCUUUGACUGUUGGGCUUAAACAUACUGCCACUGGAGACACCAUUGUCUCUUCCAAGUCCAGUGCAUUAGCUGCAGUCCGUCAAGCAGAAAGAGGAGGAAAAAAGAACAGGCAAAGCAGUGAAGAAGCAGAGAGGCUUUUGUUGGCUGGGGUGGAGAUUCCAGAACCUGUUUUCUUCUGUACCAUAGAACCCCCAUCAAUGGCCAAGCAGCCAGAUUUGGAUCAUGCAUUGAAAUGCCUUCAGCGUGAGGAUCCCAGUUUGAAAGUGAGGCUAGAUCCGGACUCUGGACAAACCAUCCUGUGUGGUAUGGGAGAGUUACAUAUUGAGAUUAUCCAUGAACGGAUCAAGAGAGAAUAUGGUCUAGAAACCUAUCUAGGGCCUCUGCAAGUGGCAUACCGGGAGACUGUCCUAAACUCAGUUCGUACCACAGAUACCUUAGACAGAACGUUAGGAGAUAAACGGCAUCUUGUGACAGUAGAGCUGGAAGCAGGACCAGCAGAAGCAACAUCUGUCGUGCCAGUGAUUGCGUACGCUGAGAGCAUCAGCGAGGACCUUCUGCAGGCAUCCCAAGAGGUUAUUGAAAAUGGAAUCCACAGUGCAUGCCUCCAGGGACCUUUACUUGGAUCCCCAGUUCAGGAUGUGGCAAUUACUUUACAUUCAGUGAUAAUUCAUCCUGGUACCUCCAUGACUAUGGUUUCUGCCUGUGUCUCAAGAUGUGUUCAAAAGGCCCUGAAGAAAGCUGAGAAGCAAAUAUUGGAGCCUCUGAUGCAUCUUGAAGUCACAGUGGCUACAGAUUACCUCAGCCCUGUCCUGGCAGAUCUGGCACAAAGAAGAGGGAACAUUCAGGAAAUCCAAACUCGCCAGGACAACAAAGUUGUUAUUGGAUUUGUUCCUUUAGCAGAAAUUAUGGGUUAUUCAACUGUGCUUCGAACACUAACAUCAGGCUCAGCUACUUUUGCUUUAGAAUUAUCUACUUAUCAAGCCAUGAGUCCUCAAGACCAAAAUUCACUGCUCAACCAGAGAAGCAGCACCUUUUAGGUUCUUAGAAAUGCAAAGAAAUGCUGGGACACUUGCCUGCUUCACUCUUGGUGAGAAUACUGUAUUCAUUGGACAAUGAACGACUACUUCGGUUUAAGGAAAUGACUUGAAAGCUGUAACAUGCAUGUUUCCACAAGGAGUACACUUGAAACGCUCCAUCCUUUGAAGGUAUUUUUGGUGAGGUGCAGCCCUUUGCAGUGUUGUGAGUGGCAUCACAAGGCUUUCCUUUUAUUUUUUAAGUUUCUCUCAUAAGAAAGGUGCCCAUCUUCAGUGUGUAAUACAGGUAGAGAUUUAAUCAAUAAAAAGAUGGUUUGUUAAAAAGUC